AUGUAUGCAUGUGAAGACGCGUAUUUCUGCAGCGCGUCUGGAGCUCACAGAUAUAAAACCCACCGCGCACCAAGCGGCCAGAAGAACAGAAGAGAAGCCUCAGGACACAGCAAUCCUCCCUCUAAUCUUCUGGGAAAUAUGCAUCCUAACUUGGUGAGCUGGUUGGGGACUCUGGGGGUCCUGCUGUGGGCUCUGCUCUGCCUGGGAGCCCUGACGGAGGGAUACCCGGUGAAGCCGGAGAACCCCGGGGAUGACGCCCCGGCGGAGGACCUGGCCAAGUACUACUCAGCCCUGAGACACUACAUCAACCUCAUCACAAGACAGAGGUACGGAAAGAGGUCCAGUCCUGAGAUUCUGGACACGCUGAUCUCAGAGCUGCUGUUGAAGGAAAGCACCGACACGCUCCCACAGUCAAGAUAUGACCCGUCAUUGUGGUGAUGUUGUCAACAGGGUCGGCUCCAUCUUCACUGCUGCCCCGCUGCCGCUGACAUCCUGACCUCUACACACCUGUCACUGCAUACCCUCCCUCACCAAAUGACCGCCCUGCCUCUGCCCCUCUUACCUUUAUGAACCGUAUAUUCAAUCCCUCCUCCUUACC